UUGUAGAUAAGAUCAAUGAAACUCAUUCUCUCUUUUCACCCUUAUUCUCGGGACACAAAAGAGAGUAUGAUCUUUGUUUACCAAAUGGGUUUAAAAACCUAAUCCAAUCUCAGUCUCUUACUUCACUUUCUUGCAAAUCUUGAGAUCUCUUUUUUUCUUUUUUUUUUCUAUCUCUCUUUCUCUCUUCUAUGGAGUUUGUAACAGAAACGUUAGGCAAGAGAGUCCAUGAUCCAUAUGUGGAGGACUCAAGGUGCAUAUUGAUCCCUGGACCAAUCAUUGUCGGUUCAGGACCGUCAGGUUUGGCCACGGCGGCUUGUUUGAAGUCUAGAGGCGUCUCUAGUCUGAUACUAGAACGUUCCACUUGUGUAGCAUCAUUAUGGCAGCUGAAAACAUAUGAUCGUCUCCGACUUCAUCUCCCUAAACAUUUCUGUGAGCUUCCAUUGAUGCCUUUCCCUUCAAGUUACCCUACUUACCCUACAAAGCAACAGUUUGUCCAAUACCUUGAGUCCUACGCAGAACAUUUUGGCCUUAAGCCUGUUUUUAACCAGACCGUGGAGGAGGCCAAGUUUGAUAGGCGUUGUGGGUUGUGGAGGGUUAGGACUGUUGGAGGGAAGAAGGAUGAGACAACUGAGUAUGUUUCACGGUGGCUUGUUGUGGCGACUGGUGAGAAUGCUGAGGAGGUUAUGCCGGAGAUUGAUGGGAUUGUGGAUUUUGCCGGGCCAAUCCUACACACUAGCUCUUAUAAAAGUGGUGAAAUGUUUAGAGAGAAGAAGGUUUUGGUCGUGGGAUGUGGAAACUCGGGCAUGGAGGUUUCUUUAGAUCUUUGCAACUUCAAUGCUCAUCCUUCUCUUGUGGUUCGUGACUCGGUGCAUGUAUUACCUCAAGAAAUGCUAGGUAUGUCGACUUUUGGGAUAUCCACGAGCCUUCUCAAGUGGUUCCCAGUGCAAGUAGUGGACAGGUUCUUAUUACGUAUGUCAAGAUUGGUUCUUGGUGACACGGAUCGGUUAGGGCUAGUUCGACCAAAACUAGGCCCUCUUGAACGCAAGAUCAAGUGUGGUAAGACUCCUGUUUUGGAUGUUGGCACUCUUGCCAAAAUCAGAAGUGGUCACAUCAAGGUGUAUCCGGAGUUGAAACGGGUAAUGCAACAUUCGGUAGAGUUUGUUGAUGGGAGAGUGGAUAACUUUGACGCCAUUAUACUCGCUACGGGUUACAAAAGCAACGUACCCAUGUGGCUAAAGGGAAUGAACAUGUUUUGUGAGAAAGAUGGAUUUCCGCGUAAACCCUUUCCGAACGGUUGGAAAGGCGAAAGCGGAUUGUAUGCGGUCGGAUUCACAAAGCUUGGACUGCUUGGUGCAGCCAUUGAUGCCAAGAAGAUAGCUGAGGAUAUUGAGGUUCAACGCAAUUUGUUACCAAUAUUGGCUCAUCCUCAACAUUGUUAACCUGAUGAGAUUUGGCAAAGUAUGGAUUGGAUUAUCUUAAAAGUAGAGAGGGUAGUAGUGGUGCAUUAAUGUAAUGUUCCUAACUCUUUAAUUGUGACAUAUGAGAGUUAGAAAGAAGGGUUAGAUCAAUGUUAGGUCAAAAGAUUUUUGGAUUUUUAGGAAGGAAAUAUUAGAUUGAUGGUCCACUUCUGUAUAUAUUUAG